UGGACCGUGGAGAGGUUAGCCUGCUUUCUCCUUGUGGUUCAGUCCUUUGGCUAAUGUGAAAGGCCACGCAGAAGCUCUGGAGUUGCUUUUUGUGCUUGACAAAAGUGCACAGAUAGACGACAGGGAUCCCCGGCUGGGAGGAGGGAGGAGAGCUGAAGACCCCCGCCUGGGCUGGCUGACCUAAGCAGUCCAAGUGGGAAGCUGAGUGCUGAAAGAGGAUUAUGCUCGCACUAGAAAUAAGCAGUAAGUGAGCGAAUGACCAUUAUGGCUUAGAAAAGGAUUAAUCCCCCUGGGGUUAUGGGGUGAAUUAGAAAAUAUUGCUUAACUCUAGAGUAAAACUGUAAGGCUCUGACUCUGAGUACAGCUGUCUGCUGUUUGGAGACGAGGGAUUUAAGUACAAAGUCAGACUCUAAAUGCCUCCUCCCACUUUUAGAAAAUGCCAACUUCUACUCACAGUAGUUGGGGAUAUAAUCUCCUUCCCUGAUUUAGCCUUUUCCCAGGAAAUUUUACUACUAAAUUAGAUAAGGAGCUGGGAUUAAGUUGGAAAGGUGGAAUUUGGUGUUGGCAGAAAUUGCAGUCUGGAAUUAUCUUCUGUGAAUGCUGACGUUGUAUCAAUUAGCAGUGAUUUGCUAAUCACAAGAAAGUCUGGGGAGGGGCAUUAAAAAGGGAAAAUUGAGAGAGAUUAGGACAAAGGGGCUGAGUAGUCCGUGUGGGGGAUGAAAUAGAUGUAUAUAAUUAAUAAUAGAUGGGGUUUUUUUUUAAGCAAUAAAUUAGAACAGCAGUCAUUAAAUUAGAAGCGCCUGGAUAAAAAUUAGUUAGAAAAGAAAAUUUUAGUUUCAGUGGCUUUUUGUGCUAGCCAAAAUUUAACAAUGUUUACAAAGUCAAGACAAUGAUUCAGGGAUACUUGAAGUAUUGCCGUACUUUAUAAAUACUGUUGCUGGGCAAGAUCUGUGGUUCUCUGGUCAGCAAGCUCUGGCAAUGAAGCCACUGUCGCUGGUGCAAAGAAUUCUGGGAUGUGUGACAGUGAAAUGGAUGGAAGGACCCACAUUCCAUCUCUACUUAAUGUCCUUUUGUCCAGAAAUCGGGUCAUGCAGAUGAGCUACUUGAAAAGUAAAGAAAAAGGAUAUGGAAAACUAAGCAGUGAUGAAGACCUCGAAAUAAUUGUUGAUGAAAACCAGGGAAAAGGCUCUAGGGCGGCAGAUAAGGCUGUUGCCAUGGUGAUGAAGGAGAUACCGAGGGAGGAGUCUGCUGAAGAAAAGCCCCUCCUUACUAUGACAUCACAGCUGGUGAAUGAACAGCAAGAAAGCAGGCCCCUCCUGAGUCCCUCCAUCGAUGACUUUCUCUGUGAAACCAAAUCGGAGGCAAUAGCAAGGCCAGUUACGUCCAACACAGCCGUACUGACCACAGGCUUAGAUCUCCUUGACCUGAGUGAACCCAUCUCUCAAACCCAAGCCAAAGCCAAGAAGCUGGAGGCCUCAUCAAAAACCUCAUCCCUCAAGAAAAAGGCAGAUGGAUCUGACCUCAUCAGUGCAGAUGCUGAGCAGAGAGCCCAGCCUCUCCGAGGCCCAGAGACAGCAUCUUUAGAUUUAGUAGACAUUCAAACACAACUGGAAAAAUGGGAUGAUGUUAAGUUUCAUGGAGAUCGAAAUAGUAAGGGGCAUCCAAUGGCAGAGAGAAAGUCAUGCUCAUCUAGAACUGGAUCAAAAGAACUCUUAUGGACCUCAGAGCACAGAUCUCAACCCGAACUGAAUGUGGGGAAAAGCGCCCUGAACUCUGAGUCUGCUUCAGAGUUGGAAUUAGUGCCUCCAACACAGGCUCGACUCACCAGAGAACAUCGCUGGGGCAGUGCAUUACUCUCCAGAAAUCACUCUUUAGAAGAGGAAUUUGAAAGGGCAAAAGCAGCAGUGGAGUCAGAUACGGAGUUUUGGGAUAAGAUGCAAGCCGAAUGGGAAGAAAUGGCCCGGAGGAACUGGAUAUCGGAGAACCAGGAAGCCCAGAACCAAGUUACAGUCUCAGCUAGUGAGAAGGGAUAUUACUUUCACACCGAAAACCCAUUUAAGGACUGGCCUGGAGCAUUUGAAGAAGGCUUAAAAAGACUGAAGGAAGGGGACCUGCCAGUCACCAUCCUGUUCAUGGAGGCAGCAAUUCUGCAGGACCCUGGAGACGCAGAGGCUUGGCAGUUCCUCGGGAUAACCCAGGCAGAGAAUGAAAAUGAGCAAGCAGCUAUUGUCGCCCUCCAGAGGUGCUUAGAAUUACAGCCCAACAACUUGAAAGCUUUGAUGGCUUUGGCUGUGAGUUACACUAACACCGGCCAUCAGCAGGAUGCCUGUGAAGCUCUGAAGAAUUGGAUUAAGCAAAAUCCUAAGUACAAAUAUCUUGUGAAGAGCAAGAAGGGAUCUCCAGGCCUCACCCGGCGGAUGUCUAAGUCUCCAGUUGAUAGCUCUGUUCUGGAAGGAGUGAAGGAAUUAUAUCUGGAAGCUGCCCACCAAAAUGGAGAUAUGAUCGACCCAGACCUACAGACAGGUCUGGGAGUUCUGUUCCACCUCAGCGGAGAAUUUAAUAGAGCAAUAGAUGCAUUUAAUGCUGCCUUAACUGUUCGGCCAGAGGACUAUUCGUUAUGGAACCGUCUCGGGGCGACCUUGGCCAACGGAGACCGCAGCGAGGAGGCUGUGGAGGCCUACACACGAGCACUGGAGAUUCAGCCGGGCUUCAUCCGAUCCAGAUACAACCUGGGAAUAAGCUGUAUCAACCUGGGCGCCUACAGAGAGGCAGUUAGCAAUUUUCUCACUGCCCUCAGUCUGCAAAGAAAGAGCAGGAAUCAACAGCAAGUUCCUCAUCCCGCAAUCUCUGGGAAUAUCUGGGCUGCCCUCAGAAUCGCACUUUCCCUGAUGGACCAGCCGGAACUCUUCCAGGCGGCUAAUCUCGGGGACCUGGACGUCCUCCUGCGAGCUUUCAACCUGGAACCUUGAAGGAAAGGAAUAAUAAUAAUAAUAAUAAUCCCUCAUCUGUGUAAUUGUACUGAGAAAUGCAAAACUAUUUUAUUAUGAAUUCCAAAAAGGAUAAACCAGAUGUCCAAAGGCCAUGGUGAUAUAGCCCAUGGGAAUUCCUCCUGACAACGCCCAGUCUCUGUUCAGGUUCAAAAGCACAAAAUGUUGUACAUACAGUCAAAGUCAGGUUUGAAAGAAGAAUUGGGAGAUACAAGACCAACCAAGAUAAAGUAACUGUGUGAAGACUCUUCAGUCUACAAGCAUAUUGCAAAACAGGUUCUUUGGGGGUUUUGUCCCCACUUGCAGAUGAUGACACAUCUAAGAAACUUGCUCAUGGGACACCUGGAGAAAGCACUGCCUCAGAUCACGGAAUUCUGAGUGUUUCUCAACUGUCCCUUGAAAUUCCCCCUUUGACAAGAUUGAACAUAGUUUGGGCCAAGGUGCAUGCACAUAUAUUAACUCUUGACUAAAGAGAGGCAUUGCUUUAACUGUUCCAAUUUUAACUUUUACUGUAGCCCCUUGAUUCCAGAGAAGGAGCUUUGCUGGCAAAAGCAGUUUUUGCACUAGAAAUUUUUGCUGUUCCCAAUCAGGACUUUUCUGGGACUGUAUAUAUGCACUUUAAUAUCUUGUUUAUGCCUUGCUGGAGUUUUGUUUUGUUGCUCCAAUUUUUAACUUGGGGGUGGAAGAGUUAAGAACUCAGCCUUGUUAGAUCAAUGGACCAAAUAAAAAUUCCUGAAAAUCGUUUUCAUAGUGUAGGGUUUUGAAGGAGUGUUUUUCUCAAAACAGAUAUGACAUAGAGUAUAACGAUGUCAAACUGAAACCUUACUCACAUGCUUUCUGGGACUAUAUGAACUUAAGCAAGAGAUAGGAUCCUGUCUCUUCAUGCAUUCUCUGUAGGGAGAGCAUUUGAUGAUGUGGUUUCUAUUUACUUGCUUAAAUGUCAUAUCUCACUUGCUUUCUAACUACGCUGCACACCAAUAUUCCCUUUAAAAUGUUAAUAUUUUAAAUAGUAUUUCUUAAAAGUGAUACAUUUUUCCUAAAUAUUAUGUUUUCUUAGUUCCAUAAUCUGCACCACUCACUCUUGUGCAUUCUAAGGACAGAAGAUCAGUAUUUUCUAGCUGAAUCUCACUGAAUAUCCAUGGUUUAAUAGGAAGGAUGCAUGCCCUUUUGACUCUCAUUUUGAACUUUUAUCAAGUAUCAAGGACUUUGUGUUGGCAGUGAUGCUUUAAUUGGUUACAUUCCACCAAGUUCUUCAGAGUGUUUUGUGCCUGUUGGUUAUUUGGAAAGACAUCAUUUUUUUAAGGAAUUAGAAAAAUUGCAAAAUGUUAACCAAAAUAUAAUUUCACUAAUGUCCAAUCUAGUAAUUUGACCUAGUAAGUUGUCCUGUUCUUCUUCAUCUUGUCCCCAUCUUUCCUCAAGAAUCUUCCCCCAAGCAAUACGAUCCCAACUUUUUCUUCAGGUUCUUUGGUUAAUAAUAGCUGGUUAUAUGCAUGUUUAUAAUUACCAAGCAAAAGAGCAUUUGGGUCAAGAUAGUUUAAUUGACCAGGGAAUUAGCUUCCAUGCUGAGAAAGCAAACUCUAGGUGCAGGCAGAACUCUUCUCCUGUUACCUUGGAAAUCCCUGGGAAGAGGCCACAGGGAAAUGUGAAACCACAAGUCCUUGAGGCUUACAUAUAUUAUAAGCUACUCUAGUUUAUAAACAAAUUGUUGAGGGUAUUGUGGUGGUGCCAGGCUUUUGCCGUCAUUGUCAAAGCUCACCUGGGCAAGGUGCUGCCUCCAGGUGGACAGCAGGAGGCAGAGGCGUUAAAGCAUUUAUUGUUGGGCAGUAGCGACAGCUCAGUCUUUAGCCUACUUCCCUGCAGUUUCAGCUCAACAAUAUUUUCAAAAAUGGUAUUCUUUGGAAUGUUAGAAUCCUAGAAACUCAGUCCAGGAAGGAAUCUUGGGGAGCCUCCAAUUCAUCACAACUCCUGCUUAAAAAUCCCUGAUAGAGUAGGUUCCACGGUCUCUCUGCUCCCCUUCCCAGCCCCUGCGCAUUCCCGGGCUGGCCAGCUGACUUGCAUCUAUCAUAGUCCAUUAGGAGCCUCUGAACAAAGGAUUCAAAGCAAACUUUUUCAGAGCUUCUGCUCAUGGUGCCAUUCUAUUAUUUCAAUAGUAACUGAAUUUGCAAUUAUGACAAGCUGCUUUCUUAGCUUUGCUGGCAUUAUAUACAUGAGACCAGCAACAAUUUAAAGCCUGACAGUAAGUUAUUUUUUAUUAUAUUUUAAUUAAAUGUGGGAUACUUUAAUAUAAUUUGGUUGUCACUAAGUAGUGGCAAAUUUGGGGGUCCAAGUUUUGUUUCGCUAUUGGAAUACAAUGUUACUUCAAACUCCAACGACUUGUGUGAGGGGAAAGUAGACAAUUUUCCAUUCCCCUUAUAAUUUGGUAAUUUGCAGACCAUUUAGUGGGACUUUCUCCCAUAUGUCUACUGUCCACCAGAACCAAGAUUUUCAUAAGCUGUAGCCUGUCAGGAAGUGGAGAAUUAUUGCCCAAGACAUUCUUCAAUAUUUUUAAAUAAAAUUAAGUAGAAAGUUACUAAAAAGAAAGGAAAAGUUUAUAGAAAUCAGAGUACCAUCAAAAACUAAGUAGCAAGAUUUUAGUAUAGUCUUUAUUGUAUAUGUCUUUUUUUUUAAGUGUAUGCAUACACACUUUUUUAAAGGCAGAGCAACGUUUGGGCAUCUUAUUCUCAUCUUGUAAAAUUACUCUUUCCAUUUGAAAGGGUAGGGUGUCCUUGAUUCCCUUUGGGGGCACUCUGGGAAGGCUUUGAGUUGCUUGUUUCUUGUGUUACUGAGUAGUAACCUAAGAUCUCUUAGAGAAUGGUACAAUUUUACCAGAAUGGCCAUUUGGUUGCCUAGAUGUGACUUUCAAGGACCGAUCUCACCAGUAGGUGAGAUGAAAAUGCAGAGGGCAGUGAUUACUGAUGAGUUUUCAGAAUGUUAUAACUAUGUGUCAUAGGCUGUUUCUGUGUGCUCCUGUACCUUCACAGUGAGGAGGAGGGGAGGCAUGGGGAAGAGGAAAAGGAACAAAGCAUCCACUUGUUGGGCCGUCAUACUAAGUCAUCAUUCCCCUUGCUUUUUCCCAAGAUGACUCCUUAAAAGAAGGGCAGAUCUUGUCAACAAGGGAACUUCAACAGAAAACUGAGCUGUACUUUCUCAGCCAAUCUGUAUUUCAACUAGAAUGGCAAAUUGGUGAUACUUAACUGGGUUAGAAUGUCUAGGACACACUUGCAGAAUUUUAUGCCACGUUCCUUAUUAUUUUCUUUAAAGAGAACUAUUAUAUUGACUCUUAGACCCAUGUCUAGAUAGUCACACUAGAUAAAUCUAGUAUAUUCUUGCUAUACAAGCAAGACUUGAACACAACUGUAGCCAAUCCCAUUUAUGACAGGAGUUGCCAAACUCUAUACCUGAACUUUAUCUGUGAGCUCCUUGGGAAUAGAAAGUAAGAUGAUUUUGUGUCCCCUCCUCAUUUGCCCCUGCAUCGGUUGCAUAAGAGUGCACUGUACUUUAUAUUAGUUGUCCCUGCUAUUGUUUUUAUACCUUGAAAUUCCUCUAAAAGCAUUUUAGGACUAGAGUACUCUGAAGGCUUAAUUUGUGUGCCAUUUCUUUGAGGCUUCCCAUUUUAGAAAUUAUUACAGAUGCACACACAUAAUUUCAACUUUGUAAAAUAAUUUCAAAUAUAUUCCCUCUCCAGAUUUUACUGAAGUGUCCCUAGCAUCUCAGUAUUUAUAGAACUGAUUGAACUUAAACUGUUUUGAACUAAGAAGUAGAGAUAUAUGUAUAUUUUUUUAAAGAGUGUUCGUAGAUGAACUCUGGCAUAAGGUUUGUAAAAAGGCAGUUUUUAAAAGUAAAACAUAUAACCUCAGGUACAAAAAUAACGCAUGCAUUAGUACUUGCAAAUCUGCCUACUCAAACAUUAACCAAAGCAUGCAAGAUAACGUUACUGAAUGUAAAUUUACCCAGUGCAUGAUUAAGUCUCAUAGGUUAGCUUGUUUUUCCUUGCUUCUGAACAAGGAAGCAUUUUCAUGAACUUUAUGUUACAGUUUUUCUGUUUGUUUUUAAUAUCCUAUCCUUGAGAUUAUUUUCAUGCUAUCCCAAUAAGCUUUUCAGAUAUUCACAGGUCUGGUUUAUGCAGUGUUGCAGCCAGGGCCAAACUAGUCCUCUGAGGAAUCCAGGUACUUAGACAUCCAAACAAUUUUUAAAACCUAGUGGAGGCACAAGAGAUCUAAAACUGAAACAAAAUCUAUGUCUAAAUGCUACUGAAUCAUGCUGAUUGCCUCAGUGCAAUUUGGAGUUCUAAAUUCUAAGUAGUGUGUUUCAAACUUUUCCAAAGUUAAGGAAUAAAUUAGAAAUACUGAUGUUCUAAAUAAGGUGGUGAAGUUAAGGCAAUGUCAGUCAUAUGAAAACCAUCAUAAGGCAAAGGGGACAUGGGGCCUUAAUUUCCACAAAUGCCACAUAGUGAGUGUGUGGGGUGUCACACCAUUGUCUCAAAACUACCCUAUUUACAUGGCAGAUGAGCUAUUUGGGUCUACAUCACUUGAGACAAUGGACUUGGUCAAAGUGUCUAAACAUACUGUAAGCCAGGGGUGACAAGGAGAUUUCAUGGUUACUCGGAACCAACGCUGAAGUCCUCUCACUGCAUUUUACUGUAGCUACUGCUUCGUGAAAAAAAAUGAGACCAGAAAUGGAGGGACCAAAGCUCAGAAGAUGUCGGGGGAUCUUAUGUCAAUAACAGCUUGGUCACCACUUCAUACACACCUGUGCCCCCCAACACGCAUACUUAUGAGCUCAAAGACAGACUUCCCCAAGCAAGAGCAAGACCAUUGUGUGGAGGCAUGAGACAGUGAAGAGGGGAGGAAAAAAAAAAUUAAAUUGUGAGGUUUUACAAGUUUUGAUGCAGGACUUUGCUUUGAAUAAAGUUUCCACUACCUGGAACCUCUGCAGAAACACCAAAAUUACAUACUCUAGAACAAGUGCCCAAUCUCAGAACUGUUUCCUCAGGACCCUGGUUACAAGAAAAUACUAACUUGCAAUUUUGCAGGGCAUAGCAGCAAAACCCUCACAGGCUCUUCAGUACACUUUUAGAAACCUGCACUCAAAAUAAUACUAACGUGAAAAAAAGGAGGCAGUUCUUUGUUCAAAAAUAAAACGUGUGUAGUUUUCUUUAAAUUUCUUGGAGAUAAAAAUGCUUUAAAAAAAAAAAAGGACUAAGGGAUAAACACACUCCACUACGUUGUUUGGCAUUUUCACUGAAAUACAUACAAAUUUUGCAUAGAUACCAUAAAAGAAUUGUGCCAUGUGAGCAAUGCAUUCAUAAUUGAACGUUACCAGUAAACAAAAUACAGCAAAUUUAGAUUUUUACCAACUUUCUUUCAAUUUUCCCCAUAUCAUUUAAUCCAAACCCUCUUCAAUUUUCAUUGCCCAAAUUUAUUUACGUUGGUUGAAAAAAAAAAGAACUGAUUCAGUAAACUUUUUACAGACUGUAGCAAGUAUUUAUUAACUAUUUAGAAAAAACAUUUCUAUAUAUUUUGUAUAUCUAUGAAUAUUGCAUAUCUAGUCUAAUUCUAAAAAUAUUGAGACAUUCUGCGAUGCUUCCUUACCAUACUCAAUUUUGUUUAAAAUAUUGGGAUUUUGUUUUUAAGCUGAAAUAGAUAACAAAGAAGAAAUUUAACUUUAAAUGUUUACAUAGUUUUUAAAUUAAAACCAACCUAAAUUAAGUGACCUAUAGUAAAUUAAUGGCAAUGGGGGGAAGUGUGUAAAAGUUAUUCACAUACUCUGUGAUAAUGUAUCUGUGUAUUUAGUGAAAUAUUAUGUAUCAUAGCACAACUGCUGGGUAUGAAGGCUUCUUAGCAUUUCCCUGUGUUGCUCUUUGAAAUAAAAUUAUUACCAUAAAAAUAACCUCUUAUCAUACUGAUGUGUUUAAUUUACUCCAUUGACUUAUAAUUUGCAAAAUACCAAGAUUAAGGUAGCAUUUUUGUACUAUUAUUGGAAGCAUGCCUUCCUUUUUCACAUUAUUAAAUUGUAUUUAUAUUUGUGCAAUUUUAAACUAUGUUUUCAAAUAAACUUUGUGGCUUCAAGAUUUUUUCACAAAUCUUUCAAAGUGGGAUUUGGGGAUCAGAAUUGCUUCAAAUGAAACAGAGUCCAAUUUGUACUACUGGUUAAAAGCCCCUUUUAUUGAAUAUCUUAUUUUUGUUUGAGUUAUCUGCAAACCAAGAAUGCAUUUUUAGGUAUAGAAUAAUACUUUAAAAUCUUCCUUCUCUGUUAAUUUUUAAAACUAAAAUCUUAUUUAACCUGAAAUU